CGCUCGCAAAGUACUUGCAUCUCUCUCUCCCUGGCAGAGAGUAGAAUGGCGGCACCAUCGCGGGUGUUGUGCCGGGUGUUCCUGGCCAACAAGGAGGUCAAGACAUUGGCACUCGAGGCGGGGACGACGGGCGCUCAACUCAAGGUGGCGGUGAUGAGCAAGCUGGGGGUGGAGGAGCGGUUUGGGCAGCUAUUUGCUAUCUUUUGUGCUACGAGCAAGAGCCGGACCCUGCUUGAUGACAGCGUGGUUGUCCCGGAUCUCCUCACCAAGUGGGCAGACUUUCCCGAGGAGACCAAGCCAUGGAUCCAGUUCUCUCUCUUCAUGUUUGCCACCGACAAGCUGUUGGCUGUCUCGGACGCUGUGGUUAACAACUUGAUUUUUCUGGAGGUGGCGACGUGGAUUGCAUCAUCACAGUGCUUGCCCGACUCUGAUCAGGUUGCCUCGCUCGGCGGCCUGCACUGCCAGGCGCUGUUUGGCGACUUUGACGCCGGCCGCCACGCGCGCGGCUUUCUCAAGACCCGCCACAUCGAAGACUACGUGCCGAGUCACAUGGCCAGGGACAAGUCGAUGGAUGACUGGGAAGAAGCUAUUCUUGCCGAGUGGGCCAAGCUGUCUGGGCUGAGCAGCGAAGCGGCGCGGACGCGGUACAUCGAGGCUGCCUCGUCGACAUCGCUAUUCAACACGGUAUGGAUCCGCCCCUGCCCGUCGCCAUCAUUCGAGCGCAAGGUCCGCCUUGGCGUCGGCACGCAGGGUUUUGUUGUUGUCGCUCACGACACCUUUGCCAUCCUCGCGGUCUUUCCGCAUCGCAAGCUCCGCCGAUGGGUCGGCGACGCCAACAAGUUCAUCAUCGAGGUCCGCGUCUCGCCCUCGCUCGUGGUCCACGAAUUCACCACCACCGAAGCUUCCUUUAUUAACGCCUGCCUCAAGACAUGUGUGGAGCAGCUUUUUGCCGACCUCAUGACGCAGACAAGCACCCCCCGGGUCGACAACAACGCCGAUGAGGCGGCGGUUUCUAGCUCUGAGCCCGACGCGCCGAGUAAGGCCAAGUCGAAGGACAAGGAGAAGAAGAAGAAGAAGGCCAAGGCCGACGGGGAGCCACUGCCUGACGACGAGGCUGCUGCCGAUGCUGCAGCUGAUGCCGCUGUCGAGCCCGAGUCCGACGCACCAGACGCAGCCUCCGCCGAAAAGGCCGAUGGCGCCGAUGCCUCGCCGCCGCCCAGCCCCAAGAAAAAGACCGUCAAGAAGAAGGCCGCCAAGAAGAAGGGUGUCAAGAAGAAGGCCGCCAAGAAGAAGGGUGUCAAGAAGAAGGGCACGCCCAAGAAGAAGGCCACCGGCGGCUCGAGCGCACCCGGAUCGGUCAAGAAGAAGAAGGGUGUCACCAAGAAGAAGGGCGUCAAGAAGAAGGGCGUCAAGAAGAAGGGCACGCCCAAGAAGAAGGGCACGCCCAAGAAGAAGGGCACGCCCAAGAAGAAGGGCACGCCCAAGAAGAAGGGUGUCAAGAAGAAGGGCGUCAAGAAGAAGGUCGCCAAGAAGAAGGCCACAUCAUGA